GCGGGAGCGGAUGUGACGGCGGCCGCGGAGCCGCUCGCAGAGCCCGGGAGCACCGCCCAUCGCCCUCAUGGCGGCCCGGAGGGCCACGGACGAGAUGCGGGAUCGCGUGGUGCUGGGCGAGUUCGGCGUCCGCAACGUCCACACCACCGACUUCCCCGGGAACUACCCUGGCUACGAGGACGCCUGGGACCAGCGGCGCUUCGAGGAGGCGUUCCGCGUGGACGUGAUCCGUGAGGAAGAGGACACCCUGGAGUUCGACAUGGUGGGCAUCGACGCCGCCAUCGCCAACGCCUUCCGCCGCAUCCUGCUUGCCGAGGUUCCAACGAUGGCUGUAGAGAAGGUCUUUGUGUACAACAACACAUCCAUUGUGCAGGAUGAAAUUCUGGCUCAUCGGUUGGGCCUCAUCCCUAUCCGAGCUGACCCUCGGCUCUUUGAGUACAGAAACCAAGGAGAUCAGGAAGGCACUGAAAUUGAUACUCUGCAGUUUCAGCUGAAAAUCAAAUGCAAACGAAACCCCCAGGCUGCCAAGGAAUCAUCUGAUCCCGAUGAACUAUAUUUCAAUCAUAAAGUGUACAGUAAACACAUGACAUGGGUGCCCUUGGGGAAUCAGACAGACCUUUUUCCAGAUGCUGACUUCCGACCUGUUCACGAUGACAUCCUCAUUGCACUGUUGCGACCCGGACAGGAAAUAGAUGUGCUUAUGCACUGUGUCAAGGGGAUAGGUAAGGAUCAUGCCAAGUUUUCUCCUGUGGCCACAGCCAGCUAUCGACUGCUUCCUGACAUUACUCUCCUGCAGCCUAUUGAGGAUGAGGCAGCUGAGACGUUGCAGAAGUGCUUUUCCCCUGGGGUCAUUGAGAUCCAGAAUAUCAACGGAAAAAAGGUGGCAAGAGUAGCCAAUGCACGGCUGGACACAUUCAGCAGGGAAGUUUUCCGACAUGAGGGUCUGAAAAACCUUGUGCGCCUGGCAAGAGUACGGAACCAUUACAUCUUUUCAGUGGAGUCGACUGGUAUCUUGCCUCCAGAUGUGCUGGUGAGUGAAGCCAUCAAGAUCCUGAUGGGAAAGUGUCAGCGUUUCCUCAAUGAGCUGGACUCUGUGUCUAUGGAGUGACCAGGCUGUAGCUGGGAAAGCAGAAACCUGCGCUGCUGUUCUGGGCUUUCUGCACCUGCCUCUAGAGGGGAUUCCUCUCCAAUAGGCAGGAGGCUUGUUAGGGGCUUGCUAGGAGUACAAGGACUAUCUCUUUGGAUUUUUCUGUUGGUAAUGAAAUGCAGUGAGAAGAUGCACUAAAAUAAAGGCUUUUUUUUUUAAAGCUG